AUGCCGCUCUACUCAAUUUCCGAGAGUAUUCUGAGUCUUAUGGAAGGUAUCCCACCUAUUCCACUCCAAGGUGUACCAAAACUAAAGCCUUCUAAACGAAUUGAUUAUGAGCAACUAGAAAAAUUGUGUGAAAUCAAAGGACUUAAAGCUGGAAAAGGUGCUCAGAGCACCAAAGAAGCACAUGAAAACUUCAUGAAACAUUACAAAAAAAUAUUUCAGAAAGAAAAGAGGAUCUUGCCCUACAUCCCAACACCUCCAGCCAAAAUGGCAGGGAUAGCUAGGGAAGGAGUAUCCCUUGUUUGUCCCAUGAAUGAAGACCUUCACAAUAUUGGCAUUUACGUUAGAGACAUUCAUGGCCAGACAUCUGUAGAGCUUGCACUACAGUUCAAGGACAAGUUGGAAGAAUUCAUUAAUGUCUUGAAGAAAUUCCCCAUUCACAGGACUCAUGUAGAACGUCGCUUUGUAUAUAAGAUGAUGAAAACCAUGCCUGAUUUAUCUUCUCAGUUGACACAUGAAGACUUCAAGGCACUUAGUCGAAAUAUCACUGCUGAAACCUGGUUGAAAGGCACCACAGUAAUUGCACAUGAAGGUUUUUAUGUCAUAUUGAAAGGUUCUGUCCGACCUCGAUGCAAAGUAUACAAAAAAAUGAUUGAAUUAGUGUCUGCGGAUUUUUUCAGUGAGCCAUCAUCAGAAUAUUCUUCUGAAGAAGAAUUUUUCCAGGAGAAUCCACUUACAGAAUAUCGUUCUCUUACGAAGCCACACUAUGUAACACUUGGUCCCUGGAGUGGCUUUGGCACACUGAUAGAGUUGCCUGAACCUAAGGUGGGUUCAAACUUGUACUCUCUUAUCAUGGAAGAUGAUUGUGAACUUCUUAAAAUCAAUGCAAAGGAGUAUGCCAAGGUUAAAGAGGAACAAGCUAAAAUGGAAAAACUUACCAGGGAGCAGCUAAUCCAUAAGUGCCCCUAUUAUCGAAAUUGGCCUAAGCUUUCUGUAGAGGAGUUAACUGUCCACAUUAAAUGGAAGCGAUACCCUCCGGGACAUGUAUUGGUGACAGAUGGAGAGAUCAUCUCAUUUGUGGCUUACAUCCAAUCUGGAUUUUGUAAAGUUUAUAGAGAAGUUAUUGGGCUUAUGAAAUAUCGACUUAGGAAAAUGAAAAAAAAGCGCAAGCGCGUUUUUAUGGGGAAACUUCAGGAGAAGGAAUCCUUUGGUGAGAUCAGCGUGCUUCUUCAAAUUCCUUUCACAUGCACAAUCAUUACUGGAUCCGAAGUUGAACUGGGGAUCAUUGAUGCUGAGGAUAUGAGAGAAUUAGACUGGGUGACCCGGAAACUGGUGCUUCAAACAGCUGAGCAAACUUUUGGCUAUCUCACAGAUCUAUCUGUUAUGAUUUUUCAGAACUUGUCUGACACUAGAUUUCUCUGCAACACUGAGAUGAUGAUGAUGAUGAUAAUGAUGAAGAUGAUGUCAACAAUGGUGGUGUUGGGGAUGAUGACAGUGACUAUUCUUAUCUACGUAGCACUUUGUGGUUUAAAAAUGCUUUCCUCCCAACAGUUUUGUAGAGGAGAUAGCACAAUUAUCAUAUAUCAUUUUUUAGAUCACAAAACUAUUUCAAGAAGAAAAGCAACUUGCUGGAGAUCUCACAAUGAGUAA